AUGGGUACAACAUACCAUGUGAAAUGGGACGGUGAUGAUUCAGUAACUGAUGAUUUGAAAUUGCAGUUUGAGGAGCGGUUGCUUGAAAUCAAUCAGCUGAUGUCCACCUACGAUCCAAACUCUGAACUUUCUCGCUUCAACCGAUUCGAUUCAAAGGAAUGGUUCCCGGUUUCUCAGGAGACCUCAACGGUGGUCGCUGCCGCUUUGGAAAUGGCACAGACCUCAGAAGGAGCAUUCGAUCCGACAGUGGGGCGUUUGGUCAGACUGUGGAACUUUGGCCCCGAUCCAGGUUCGCUGAAGGCUCCCGCGGCUGAAGAUGUUGCUGAUGCCAUGUUAUCAGUCGGGUAUCAACACAUCGAAGUUCAGUCAGACCCUCCAGCAUUGCGCAAGAAACAGGAAGCGGUUGAACUCGAUCUGUCAGCGAUUGCCAAAGGCUAUGGGGUCGAUCAGCUGGCUCAGAUUAUGAGAGAGAAUGAGAUCGAGAAUUACAUGGUUGAAAUCGGCGGUGAGGUAAGAGUCGCUGGCAGGAGGCCAUCUGGCGGCCAGUGGAACCUAGGUAUCGAACGACCCGAUUCGUUGACACAAAGUCUUUAUGCCACGAUUGAGUUAGAAGAUGAAGCUCUCGCCACCUCGGGGGACUACCGCAACUACUUUGUGCAAGAUGACAAACGGUACUCACACACCAUUGACCCCCGAACAGGCAGCCCAGUCACCCACCAGCUCGCUUCUGUUUCUGUGGUCAUGGAAGACUGCAUGCUGGCUGACGCCUGGGCCACAACGCUCAUGGUUCUGGGAAGUGAGGCUGGCCUCAAGCUGGCAGACGAACAUGGCAUUCAAGCCUACCUUCUGGAAAGAAAUGGAGAGGCCUUUCGGGAACUCGCUUCACAAACGGCAAUAGGAGAAUUCGUCAGUUUGACACAGGUUGAAACGGCCGAGGACUCAGGCAUGUCACCAUUACUUUCAACGUUCCUGCUCUCUGUCACCGUCUUCCUGAUUGCCAUUAUCGGUCUGGCAGCGGGGGUGAUUCUCUCCAACAAAACGUUGAAAGGUAGCUGCGGCGGCGUGGAAGGGACCAAAGAUGAAGAAGGCCGUUCUGUCUGUGAGAUGUGCACCACACCCCCCGAAGAGUGCGAUCAAUUCAAAGAGAAACUGCGCCAACAGCUAAAAGAUACACAGCCUGCUGAACAGCAAUCUUGA